ACGGGUAACCAGUUGUUACGUUCUAAUCGAGAGAGCAUGAGCGUAAGCCGCUCAGUCAGCCUGAAUCGCGAUCUAGCACGUCGCAGGUGAAUAACAAAUGAAUGAGGAUGAUGUGUAUCGAGAACGCCUACUUAUAUUUAGCGUGUUAUGAAGUUGGCUUGGAAGGAUUGUAUUUUCUUUUAAUAGGCGGGAAAAGUGCACAUGUGUUAAUUUAUUAAUAACCGGGGAAUAAUGAUGUGAACUUCUGUUUGUAAACUCAGUAAUAUUUAUUCGUACAAAUUACAAAUCUGUGAUAGUAGGUUAUAGUGCUUUCGAACAGUACAACUGAUUCUUAUUGUGAUAUUAUCUUUGAGGAUAUACCAAAUAUGACUCCUCCUGGAAAGAGAAAUGGCAAGAAACGAGUCAAAAAACAGAAUGUGAGACGAUGCUACUGCGAGGAACAUUGUCCUGACAACCAACCAAAUGGGACCUGCAUAGUCCAGCAUGGAGGCAUGUGCUUUACCUUAGUGGAAGCUGUGUACGAUGACAAAUUGGGAAUUGACGUGCCUGCAUAUACCUAUGGAUGCCUUCCAGCAGACGAACGGGGUUUUAUGCAAUGCAAAGGACAUCUGGUUCCACAUGAAACGAGCAAAUCUAUACAAUGCUGCAAUGAUAAGGAUAUGUGCAAUUUAGACCUAAAGCCAACAUAUCCAGAAAGACCAACACCCGAAGCUCCCAAUUUUGGUUCUGCAGACAACCUUCCCUUCACUGUACUACUUACGUCAGUAACUUUCUGUUUGACACUUGUCCUGCUAGUUGUAGCAAUAGUAUUUUUGAGGAAUCGUAAAAAAGAAGUACAAAAAAAAUUUAGCUUAUAUUCAAAAAAUUAUCCCUCUGAAAAAUAUCCGAAUAUGGAAAUUCAUGGACCCCUGGCGAACUUGAUUGAACAGUCCAGUGGCUCGGGAUCAGGAUUGCCAAUAUUGGUACAAAGAACUAUUUCAAAACAAAUUCAAAUGAUACAUUCUGUCGGUAAAGGAAGAUACGGUGAAGUAUGGUUAGCCAGAUGGCGAGGUGAAAAAGUUGCAGUUAAAGUCUUCUUUACUACUGAAGAGCAAAGUUGGUUUAGAGAGACGGAAAUAUAUCAAACGGUUCUGAUGCGACAUGAAAAUAUUUUGGGUUUUAUUGCUGCAGAUAUUAAAGGAACAGGUAGUUGGACUCAAAUGUUACUAAUCACCGAAUUUCAUGAAAAUGGUUCUCUUUAUGACUAUCUUCAAGACCAUUGCUUAGAUGUAAAUAGCCUACUUUUAAUGGCCCAAAGUAUUGCAUCAGGACUGUCACAUUUGCAUACGGAAAUAUUUGGAACAAGUGGUAAACCUGCUAUAGCGCACAGAGAUAUUAAAAGCAAAAACAUUUUAGUUAAAAGGAAUGGCGAAUGUUGUAUUGCAGACUUUGGCCUUGCUGUCAAAUUCCUGUCAGAUACAAAUGAAAUUGACGUUCCUCCUAGUGUAAGAUCAGGAACAAGACGGUACAUGGCUCCAGAGCUACUGGAUAAAUCUAUAAACAUGCAUAACUUUGACGCACAUAAGAUGGCUGAUAUGUAUGCUUUCAGUCUAGUUUUGUGGGAAAUAUCACGAAGAUGUAUAACGGGGGAUAAACUGAAGGUAGUGGAUGAAUAUGCGGUACCUUAUUACGACUGUGUCCCGUCAGAUCCAUCAUUUGAGGAUAUGCAACAAGUUGUGUGUGUGAAAAAAAUUAGACCUCAAAUACCAUUGAGGUGGGACAAUGAGGACAUUUUGCAGACAAUGUCAAAAGUGAUGCAAGAGUGCUGGCAUUCUAACCCUGCAGUCAGACUAACAGCUUUACGAGUUAAAAAGACAUUAUUUAAGUUAGUUACGGACACAAGUAUAAAGAUUGUCUAGUGUUUAUUUUAUUUUUUUUACAUUAAAAAUCUAUAAACUCCAAUGUAAAGUUGUAUAUCUAAUAUACAUUUCCCACUUACACUUGAUAUGUUGAUUUGUUCACAUUUUUAAUUUAAUAUUUAUGCAGAAAACCAAAUACUUAUGUAUGUCCAUAUAUAUUCAGAUAUAUCCCACAUACAUCAUAUUUGAAUUAUAUAAUGAGAUAAAAUCACAAUAAGUCAGUUCAAAUAUGUACUGCAACUGCUCUAAUUUUCAGUUACCGAUCUGCUUUGUUGUCAUUAAAGAAUUUAGCAGGACGUAUAAUGCCUUUAUUACAAUUGUAAGAUAUUUAUUAAUGUAUUUACUUGUAGCUGUACGCAUCUGAUUAAUCUAUGAGAUAACAUAAUUGUAUAGGAAAGUACACUUUCUACCCACAAUUAAAAAAAGUUAAAAUAUCUAUAGAUUUUCAGAUUACAAAGUAUCACUAAUACGAGUAAUACGAUGUUAUACAUCUGUAUAUUACUAUUAUGUUCAUCCAAGUAAACAGAUAUAAAUUGAAAGCAAUGUAAGUUAGGAUAUAUUUGAGUAUAUAUAUAUAUAUCAACCACCAACAUAUAUUUUUGUCUAUUUUAAAUCUUAAAUCUGUUUUAUUGAUGUACCUACUCAAUUUUACCAUCUAAUAUCUACAAAAUUGAUAUACAAUUUUACACAUAAAUAUAAUAAUUGCUGUACAUAUGACAAGUUGUAAAUAUUAUUGUUUUAAGUUGAAAAUAUAUCUAUAAGAAGUCAAAGUACCUACAUUCACAUAUGAAAGUCAAAUUGACAAUAUUUAAAAAACUUAAUGGAAAACACAGUAACUCAAAAAUUUUGCCAUAAAGUUGCAUUCAUUUUAUUACUAAAAUUAACUACAGUCCAACUUAUUUUAUCCAGCCCGUGAAGAUCGAAUGGGUAGUUGCAAAGAAACCCGCUGAACUUAUUUCGGCACUAAUAGAAUAAACACUACAUUCUUCCAAAAAGGACCGGAUGACUAUUUUAAAAUUUCAGAUAAAAUUUUAAAUGCACAGUGCAGAGAAAUGACAAUGAAAUAAUAUAUAAAUAAAUACAACUUUAUGUAAAUAACUGUAUUUUAAUGCAUUUAAAGAUUUAAUAAUAUCAAGGGUUUUAUCUAUUUUCAGUUUCUCUACCUUUUAUGCUUUAGUUAAAACAUCUCGAUGCUCUGACUUAUAGUAGAGCAUGCUCCUUUUACCUUUGAAUAUCUCACCAGCCAGAUGAAAUUGGUUGAACUGUAUUUUGAUUAAUGCCAUUUUGUAACAACUAAAAACAUAAUUUUCAGUUUUCAGUAAUUUGACCAAUAUUGUUCCAAUAAUAAAAAUAUUAAUCCGAUUUAUGUAAAAUAUUACAGAAAAUCAGAUGUUGCUGUAAACAUUAAGCUUAUAUUGUUCGCAAACCUUGUAAUGUUUUUUAUCAAUGUAACACCAUAUAAAAAUUACAGAAUAUCACUAUGUACCUAAACAGCUUAAAUAUUUAGUAGUGAAUCGUAAAUAUUCAAUAUUAUAAUUAUGUAUCUGUAAUAGUCAUGAUUCAAUAAAAAAUAUUCUCCAUUUCAAAUAUAAACUUCGAUUCCAGUAUUAGGUUACACAUCAUUCUAUAAAUUUUUAGUUUCUAGAUAUUUUCUGGUAAAUGUAUUAUUAUUACAUAAUAUUUACACUGAUGCCAUUUUUUUUAUUCCUAAAAUAGUGCCAUCCGUAAACUAACUCUUUUGGGUUAUUGUGUUUCAAAUAUGAUGAAUAUGUAAUUAAUAGAAAACCAAACUAAAUUGUUUCGGUGCUCUGUGACAAUCGUUAUUUUAUAAACAAAUUUUUAAUUUUCAAUUUUUGUGUAAUUCACUUGUUAAAACAGCACGAAAAUUAAAUUUAUUUCACGCAUUUUAUAAAAUUUGCUCAACUCUAUUAAAGUGCAAUUGAUUUGGUCCUGUUUUUUUUUACUCUAGUUUGAAUAAUGUUUUCUUAAAUUAUUUUUUGUUUUAAGUAGGCCGUGUGACUGUUAGAAUGUGCAUUUACAAUUGUAAAUAUUCAUCAUUUAACUUUUUUAAUUAUUACCCUUUGUGAAAUAAAAUUUGUUUGAAUGUGCAGUAAAUAUAUUAUUGCAAGACUGAUAUUUUGAAUGUUGUAUGUUUUUGUGUAUAAAACAAUGUAAUAAAUAGUUUAUAGAAAA